AUGAGAGGUCGGAUUUUUACUGGGUUCAAAAAUGGCGGACGGUUUUUGACUCUCAACAGUCCAACUCCUGCAAUUCUGGUGGUUGUAGGCCUGCUCGAUGUUGAAAUACUUCUCAUCCGCGAACAGGACCUUCUCUCAUCGCUGAGCUGCGGCGCGACGCUUGAGUUUUCGACAUUUUUUGAGCCGUACUUGCUUGUAGUGUUCCGUGAGGCGCUAGGUCUUUUGGAGCUUGUUAGGCUUGCGCUACGGUGCAUUGCUGGCCAUUCAUCGACCAGCUGUUGUGUUGAUGACGGUCUGCCGGGCAAUCUUUUUCAUGGACACCAUCAGAUUUUGCUUCACUCGCUUUUUGAUGAUCAAAGUUGCCAGAAGUGUUCAAGAUGCGCUUUCUUCUAUUUCCUGGACACUUAACAUCGUGGCCAAGCUCGAGGAUUCGUUUGGUGGCUUUUGGCAUAGCAGAUUUUCCUACACCGAGCAGUUUAGCAAUCUCACACUGUCCUUUUUCUUCCCGAGACAGGUUUAA